GGUCGGCGGCGUGGGGCGGGCUCGCGGCUGCCGCAGCACCACCAGCAGCAGCAGCAGCAACAGCGGGGCGCGGCCGGCUGGAGGGCCCUGCUGGCAGGGACACCCGUGCGCUAGCGGCUCCUGCUCGGCUCCCGGGGCGACCGGGAAGCUCUCUUGAACCAUGUUUUUCACCUGUGGCCCGAAUGAGGCCAUGGUGGUCUCUGGUUUUUGCCGAAGUCCCCCGGUCAUGGUGGCUGGAGGCCGCGUUUUUGUCCUGCCCUGCAUCCAGCAGAUCCAGAGGAUCUCCCUCAACACACUGACCCUCAAUGUCAAGAGUGAAAAGGUUUACACCCGCCACGGGGUCCCCAUCUCAGUCACUGGCAUUGCCCAGGUGAAAAUCCAGGGGCAGAAUAAGGAGAUGCUGGCAGCUGCCUGCCAGAUGUUCCUGGGGAAGACAGAGGCUGAGAUCGCCCACAUUGCACUGGAGACACUGGAAGGCCACCAGAGGGCCAUCAUGGCUCACAUGACCGUGGAGGAGAUCUAUAAGGACAGGCAGAAGUUCUCAGAGCAAGUUUUCAAGGUGGCCUCAUCGGACCUGGUGAACAUGGGCAUCAGUGUGGUCAGCUACACGCUGAAGGACAUUCACGACGACCAGGACUAUCUGCACUCAUUGGGGAAGGCUCGAACGGCUCAAGUUCAAAAAGAUGCUCGUAUUGGCGAAGCAGAGGCCAAGAGAGAUGCUGGGAUCCGGGAAGCUAAAGCCAAGCAGGAGAAGGUGUCUGCGCAGUACCUGAGUGAGAUUGAGAUGGCCAAGGCACAGAGGGACUACGAGCUGAAGAAGGCUGCCUAUGACAUAGAGGUCAACACCCGCCGGGCGCAGGCAGACCUGGCCUAUCAGCUGCAGGUGGCCAAGACAAAGCAGCAGAUCGAGGAGCAGCGGGUGCAGGUGCAGGUGGUGGAGCGCGCCCAGCAGGUGGCAGUGCAGGAGCAGGAGAUCGCCCGCCGAGAGAAGGAGCUGGAAGCCCGGGUGCGGAAGCCGGCCGAAGCUGAGCGCUACAGGCUGGAGCGCCUCGCAGAGGCUGAGAAGUCCCAGCUGAUCAUGCAGGCGGAAGCCGAGGCCGAGUCUGUGCGGAUGCGUGGGGAAGCCGAAGCCUUUGCCAUAGGGGCCCGAGCCCGGGCUGAGGCCGAGCAGAUGGCCAAGAAGGCGGAAGCCUUCCAGUUGUACCAGGAGGCUGCUCAGCUGGACAUGUUGCUGGAGAAGCUCCCACAGGUGGCCGAGGAGAUCAGUGGUCCCCUGACCUCAGCCAAUAAGAUCACCCUGGUCUCCAGUGGCAGUGGGGCUAUGGGGGCAGCCAAAGUGACUGGGGAAGUGCUGGACAUCCUGAGCCGCCUGCCAGAGAGUGUGGAGAGACUCACAGGGGUCAGCAUAUCCCAGGUGAACCACAAGCCUCUGCGAACGGCCUGAGCCUCUGCAUGCACCAUG